UUCUUGGCGGGGAAUUUGAUUUCGCUGCUUUCGGCUCCUCCCUUUCAGUGCCGGUGGCGUCUCUCGUGGCUUAGGUCCAAGCUGAGUCAACUUGCUCACCUCCGCCAGAUUGAGGUGGCGUUGCAUCUCUGCCAAACAUUCAGCCCAUGGGUGACGGGAACUCCAUGAAGCGGUGCCGGUGCGUAGCUACCUGCCCCGUCUGCCUCUGCUACUUCACCAGCCCAGUGCUGCUAAACUGUGGGCACAGCUUCUGCCAAGCAUGCAUCAGGAGGUGCUGGGAGCAGCCUGGCGCAAAUGCCAGGUGCCCCGAGUGCAGAAGGACUGUCGAGAGAACCUUCAGGCCCAACAGGUCUCUCUCGAACCUGGCUGAAAUACUCAAGGACUGGGAAGCGUCCGCCGAGAGAGGGGCUCGAGAACAACGGGACUCGGAAUGCCAGAGGCAUCGGCAGCCGUGGGACUUGUUCUGCGAGGACGACCAAGUCCCCUUCUGCGGGGAAUGUGCCAGUUCCCAAGAGCAUAGGGGCCACACAGUGGUCUCCGCGGAAGAAGCCGCCCAGGUAUACAAGGAACAGAUCAGCAGUUGCUUGCCGAUUUUGAGGACGGAGAGAGAAAGACUUCUGACCUUUAAAGCACAAACAGAAAUUGAAAGGCGACAGUUGCUUGAGCACAUAGAGGGGGAGAAGGGAAAGGCCAUAGCCAAGUUCAGCCAACUGCACCAGUUCUUGGAGGAACAAGAGGACCUUCUGCUGGAGAAAAUGCAAGAGCUGGAGGAGGACAUUGCAAGGAAAAGGGAGGAGCACCUGGACAGGCUCUCCAGGGAUCUCAUACCCCUUGAAACUCUCAUCCUGGAGAUGGAAGCCAAGCUUCAGAGGCCAACAAGUGAAAUCCUGCAGAACAUUAGAAGCCUUUUGCAGAGGUUUGAGGAGAGAGAGGCAUUUGAGACACCAGUGGUUUUUUCUGUUGCGUUGCACUGGAGGGCCUGGGAAUUCAGCGAUGUGAUCCCCUUUCUGGACCAUGUCAUACAGGAAUUCAAAUACACUCUAACAUCUGAUUUGAAAUAUCUGCAGAAAGCAAGGGUAACUCUGGAUCCAGUUACAGCUCACCCCCAGCUCCUUCUGUCUGAGGACUGCCUGAGCGUGACGUGCGCCGACGUUUGUCAAGAGGUGCCCGACCACCCGCAGAGAUUCAAACAACUGACUGCUGUGCUGGGACGCGAGGGGUUUAGAACUGGCAGGUUCACCUGGGAGGUCACUGUGGGGAAUGAGGGGGAAUGGGCUGUGGGGGUUGCCAAAAGUACUGUGAAGAGACAGGGCGCCUUUAGCUUUACGCCCAUGGAAGGGAUCUGGGCUAUGGGGAGGUGGGGAGGUCAGUACAGGGUCCUCCACGACCGUCAUUACCACCUGCCCCUAAAUGGGGAUCUGCGGAGGAUCCGAGUGACUCUGAACUGCACCGGGCAGCGAUUGGCCUUCUUCGAUGCCGAGAGAGGAAAUGCCCUUGUUGGUUUCACAGAAGCUUCGUUCUGCGGAGAGCUGCUACUCCCCUUCUUUUGGCUUCAGGAAAGGGCCAGCCUCACACUCUCUCCCUAGAGCAGGCAAGACAGCACAGGCGUUGAGAACAAAAAUAUAUCGAGAAUAUGUUCUCGAUAUCUGACCAAUGGGUGCUUAUUACAGGGGGCGAGGCAAAAGGGGUAUUGUUUGUUUUCAAGUGACUUGAGACAAGCCCACGAAGCGUUUGGGUCACUUUCCGGAAAGAUUGGGGAGGAGGUCCACCUCAAAGGGGACCCAAAGGGGCGAAAUACUACUCUACAGGACAAAAUGGUCCCCUCUUCAACCAUUCCCAGGUAAUUCCUAAUAUGGAUCCCCACCUAAUUCAGCUUGGAUUUCUCAGUGCAACUUAUAUGCCCCAAAGGCUGUCUUGCUUGGGAAAGCAACUCCAAGAUUUUCUUUUGGUGGAGGGGUUGACUUUAAAACUACUGGGUGUGACUAUUACGAAAGCGGAAAUAUUCCAAUUUAUGUCGUUUUUUUCUGAAAAGAAUAGUUGUUUGUUCAGAGAAACUUCUUGCAUUAUAUUUUUUUAAAAGGGUAUUGUACUGGGGCACAUAAAUCCGUUUUUUGUUCUUGU